AAGGCAGGAGUAGUAGGUCAUUGUCAUGCAUAAAUCUAUGGUUGUCAUCAGCCAACCGUUUUUGUUUAUGCAUGCUAUCAAACAUAAGUCACUUGUCAUUCGUUGGCAAGGUCUUGGCGUACUUUCUACUAAAGAGCCUCUACUACAUUGUCAAAAAGGCAAGGGGUCAGGUUUUAUCCCACUAAGUUUUUAAGGAUAGCAACGUGUUUUGGACGUCUUUUUUUGGUGCAGUCCAGACUGGCUUUUAUUUCAACGUCGUUGAUGUUUGGUUCAGAUUUUGUCAGGUCUGGACUAGACAUCUUCACGGAUCCACCAGCACCUAAAUACCCGAUAAUUCCAACUAAUGUUAUGGGUCAGAUCUGAUAUGAUUGUCACGAGUCUGAGUGUAAGACAUCACAUCCACCACCACCAUGCCAGAAGGGGAGGUACACCAGAGGAAGGGGAAGUCCAAGAAGUCCAAGUCAAAGGGCAAGGGGAAAGGCCAAGGUGGCAGUGCCAGCCCCAAGGCGGGAACCUUAGAUGGGCAAGAUGAGCUGCCAUUAUUGCCCCCCAUCCAGCCCGUCAAGAAGGCUGUGGAGGAGAAGGUGGCCAAGGUGGCCAAGGUGGCCGUGGCCAAGGUGGAAGAAGAGUCGUCCAUUUUCAUCGGUCUCCAGGUGGUGUUCCCCUACCUGCUGGCUGGGAUGGGGAUGGUGAUGGCUGGGAUGGUGCUGGACAGUGUCCAGCACUGGGAGGUGUUUAAGGUCAUCACAGAGAUUUUCAUCCUGGUUCCAGCUCUGGUGGGACUGAAGGGCAACCUGGAGAUGACCCUGGCUGCUCGCCUCUCCACCGCAGCUAACACUGGACAGCUGGAUGACCCCAAGCAUCAGUGGACGAUGGUGUGCAGCAACCUGGCUCUCAUUCAGGUUCAGGCCACUGUGGUGGGCUUCCUGGCUGCCGUGGCAGCCAUAUCACUGGGGGCCAUGUCUAGAGGUGGGGUGGAGCUGGACCAAGCUGCUGUGCUCUGUGCCAGCAGCAUCAUCACUGCAUUCGUGGCAGCACUGUCUCUCGGUCUGGUAAUGAUUGGGGUGAUCAUUGGCGCCAGGAAAGUGGGCAUCAACCCAGACAAUGUGGCCACACCCAUCGCUGCCAGUCUGGGAGAUCUAAUCACACUGUCCCUGCUGGCUGGAGUCAGUACUAUACUCUACCAGUACCGAGACGUCUGGUACCUGUCUCCCCUGUUGUGUGUGUUCUUCCUGGCUCUGAUCCCUCUGUGGGUGGUGGUGGCCCGGAAGAGCCCUCAAAUCAAGGAGGUCCUCGUCUCUGGCUGGCAGCCUGUCAUCGUAGCCAUGUCUAUCAGCAGUUUUGGGGGACUCAUAUUGGACAAGACUGUUAGCGACCCUAACUUUAAGGGAAUGGCUGUCUUUACACCCGUCAUGAAUGGUGUCGGAGGAAACUUGGUGGCCAUCCAGGCCAGUCGGAUCUCAACCUACCUUCACUUCUGGAGCAUGCCUGGAGUCUUGCCCUAUAAGAUGAGACAGCACUGGCCCAGCCCCUUUACUACCUUCUUCACCUCAGGUGUGAACUCCAAGUCAGCGAGGGUGUUGUUCCUACUGGUGGUUCCGGGCCACCUGGUGUUCCUCUAUACCAUCUCUCUGCUCCAAGGCGGCCACACUGCCCUCACUGUCACCUUCAUCGUCUGCUACCUGUGUGCCGCCCUUCUCCAGGUGGGCAUCCUCCUCUAUGUGGCUGACCUGAUAGUCCGUCUGAUGUGGAGGAGGAGUCUGGACCCAGACAACUUUUCCAUCCCCUACCUGACAGCCCUGGGAGACCUGCUGGGGACCGGCUUCCUGGCUUUGGUCUUCCGCUCCGUCUCACUCAUGGAGGGGCUGGGACUCUGAAAGGGAGGGAGGUCAUGGGUCUGCUACAGGCCUCUCUGUGCUGUGCCUUCCCAGACCAGGGGUCUGUAUCAUCUCCCUGCCCUGCCUCUCCUCUGCCUUCACCACUGGAGGGAGUUACUCUGUUGGGCGUGGGGAUGGCAGUCUGACUGACUGACUGCACGCACACUCACUCAAUCAGCUUACAGUUCAUCAGGAGGUGUGGGUCAUUUAAAACCUCAAAGUAUGGGUUGAUGGGACUCAUCAACAAACUCAACAAACUCAGCAAACUCAUCCAGGUCCUAUUUCACACACCCCACAUGUCACCUGUGAAUGUGAGACAAUGGAAAAAUCAACACACUAAAUUGAACUUUUUCUGAAAUUAGGGAACGGUUAUUGAUCGAUAAUGGGUGCAUUGUAUGUUGGUGUAUGAAAAUUAAUUUGAACUUGUUUACAGUAUUUCUAGAUGUAGAAUGCCGAGUGGGGCUUGGCAACAUCCCUUUCAUUAUAGACAUAACUCAAAAAACCUUACUUGACUGGUAACUACAGGAACAUUCUGUUGUAGACCGAAGUAGAAUCAUCUUCAUACGUCACCACCAAUGCUUAGCUUGAAACUACUGCACCCAUUGAAAUUGAAACUAGGGUGUGGGAGAGAACUGGACCUGUGAAUGUAUCAAGGAUCGAACAUAUUUGAAGGAUAUCAGUAUUAUUUUGUGAUUUUUCUAUGAGCAGCUUACUAUCACAGUGUUAAAUUAAAUAUCUGCAAAUGAAACUUUUAAGGAAGGCAAGUCUUAAACCAUAAUUAAGUUACCAUUGGCAUGUCAUCAGUAAUGUGAGAUGGGGUAAGGGAAACAUUGAAACUGUUCUCAAAUCUGGUCAAGGUGUAGGCAUCUUGUCACGUAUGACAGGACGGGAAACGGUAUCAUAGCAAAGUGUUACUAAUGUUUUUCACAUCUUAAUGUUCAGCAGCAAUCUUAAAUGCAAAAACAAAACCUUAAAGUACACAGUAUCUGUCAAGUCCAUGUAUCAUGAAUGUUACAUGUCGGGUGUGUUUUGUAAAAUCACAAAUGUCUAUUUCAAGAGAAGGUAGCUUUAUUUAAAACAUUGCAAUGUCCCCAUUCACAUGCCUUCUGUACGUUACAACUGUAGUGCCCUCACUGCCAGCUCAUGGUUAAGGGGCUUGAAUAAGUAAACAUAAAAAUGAAACAAA